AUGCCGUCGGGAUGCGUGUACGAAAUGUUUAGCGAUAAUGCGAAAUGUAACAAAACGUACAUCGGAUCGACGACGGGUUCGCUCAGAGCGCGCCUUGCCUCGCAUAAAUACGCACGACAUCCAAUCUUCACGUUUGGCGACGCGGACGUGAGAGUUCUCGAAAAGGACAUUCCAGCUGGAGAGCUCCAUCAACGUAAAGGUGCCUACAUGAGAGAGAAGCGUGACGGCUUAUUCAACUCCCGAGCUGCUGGACGCAGCCAGAAACACGCGUGCCGCGAGAACGUGGACGAGAGUCCAGCCUACAGCAGAGCUCAAUAUACGCCGAAGCGGGACGGCGGCGAUGGUAACUACAGACAACUCAAUUAUUACAAGCAGCACGCAAAAGGAAUACUGCGCAAGACGUGCCUCAAGAAUGCCCGAGCGCGCGGCACGCUGCCUUCGAAGCGCAGUCUCGACAAGUAUCAAUUUACGGUAGAUGAGUUACGCGGCUUGGCUUGA